AUGAAUAGAGAGGAUUUGAUAAUUUUAGAUUAGAUUCGAAAAGUUAUAAAGACUAAUGCUAAACAAAAUUACGAAACUGAUAUGGAGGAAACUAAAGAUGAUGGGGAUACAAAUUCUUCAAUAUCUAAAUAAUAAGCAAGUGAAGAGUCAUUAAGUAUAAUUUAUGAUUCAUUGGAAUCAUUUUAGAUUACAAGUUUAAUGUUUUUGGCUAACUACAAUUCUUAGAGACAGCGAAACAGAUUAUUGGCUAGUAGUUCAAAUUCAGAUUUAUAGUUUAAGUUUAAGUUCAAAUCAGACAUCUGAGAGUGAAGAAGAUGAAGAAAGGAAAGAAAACUUAUCUAUAUCAAUUUCUGAAUGAUUUAUAAUUAUUUUAUCAGCUUUUAUCGUGCAACAACAAAUUCAUUAUGGUAAUUGUAAUUUGUAUUCAUUUUCUAGAGAAAUAGUUGCUAUUGA